GUAGGAGCUCGGAGCUCGGAGCCAAGAGAGAAAUCGUGUGACUACGGAAAAGCAAAGUGCCUGAGUCGAAUUGGAAAAGUACACUAUUGCAGAACUGUGACCAAUUCAACAUAGCAAAGACCCUGGAUAUGGCUACGUCUAUACUUGGGGAAGAACCACGAUUUGGAACUACACCUCUAGCUAUGCUGGCUGCUACUUGUAACAAAAUUGGCAAUACCAGUCCCCUUACCACUCUACCUGAUUCCAGUGCUUUUUCAAAAGGCGGAUUUCAUCCUUGGAAAAGAUCCUCUUCUAGUUGCAACUUGGGAUCCAGUCUCCCUGGAUUCACUGUAGCAACAAGCCGCGGAUCGACCGGACUAACAUCAACUACUGGCACAGGCAACAGCGCGUUCUGCUUAGCCUCCACCUCCCCGACCACCUCUGCGUUUUCCACAGAGUACAGCAGUCUGUUUUCCAACUCAGCGAGCAUUUCGUCUCAAGAGUCUGGGCAAUCAGCCUUCAUCUCCAAAGUCCACACAUCAGCAGAAACCUUGUACCCGAGGGUAGGGAUGGCACAUCCGUAUGAGUCGUGGUACAAGUCUGGUUUCCAUUCAACCAUCUCGGGCGAUGUUACUAAUGGGGCGUCCGCGUGGUGGGACGUUCAUACCAACCCUGGCUCAUGGCUCGAGGUCCAAAACCCUGCAAGCUCGCUGCAGACCUCCCUGCACUCCGGGACCCCCCAAGCCAUACACUCUCAGCUCAGUGGCUACAACCCUGACUUCUCCACUUUGACACAUUCGGCAUUCAGCUCAACCGGUAUAAGUCCCACGGCAUCGCAUCUUCUAUCAACUAGCCAACACCUGUUAACACAAGAGGGAUUCAAAACAGUCAUUCCAACAUACACGGACGCCUCUGCCACCAACGCUAUGAUUUCGGGUUCCAGUUCUGGUUCCUCAAGGUCAUCCAGGAGGUACUCCGGCAGAGCCACAUGCGACUGUCCGAACUGUCAGGAGGCUGAGCGGCUGGGGCCUGCAGGGGCCAGCCUCCGGAGGAAAGGACUUCACAGCUGUCACAUUCCAGGCUGCGGUAAGGUGUAUGGCAAAACCUCUCAUCUUAAAGCGCAUUUGAGAUGGCAUACUGGCGAGCGGCCCUUUGUCUGCAAUUGGCUUUUUUGUGGCAAAAGGUUUACAAGAUCAGAUGAACUUCAGAGACACCUCCGUACCCACACCGGUGAGAAAAGGUUUGCUUGCCCAGUAUGCAACAAGCGCUUUAUGAGGAGCGACCAUUUGAGCAAGCACAUUAAAACCCACACUGCCGGUGGUGGAGAAGGCAAAAAGGGAAGCGACAGUGACACCGACACCAGUAACCUGGAGACCCCCAGGUCCGAGUCCCCAGAACUCAUUUUAGACGGGGUAAACCCGAGAAUCAAGGGCCCAUCUCCUCAUGACGAGCCCUGAAUGGCUGUUAUUUGAAUGACCUUGAAACUAACUUUAUAAAGCAAAUUACCAGUAGGCUAUCAAAACUGGUACAUGUAUUAAAAACGGGUCUGGGUUUGAGAGACAGUAUUGGACGAAAAUAAGAUUUUACGCAAAGCAUUUGAAAAUAAUAAUAAUUUGAUCUUAAUUGAAUAUGUUCAACUCGUUAUUCACCAUCAAACGAAAAGGAUAAUUAUUCUAUAUUAUAUGAAAUUACUUAACUAUAAAGCUGUCAACUUAAAAAUUAACCGGAGUACUUUUUACGAUCAGUGCGUAAAAGGGGCGAGCUAACCCAAAUGAACUUGGUUGGCCCAUGUGAGUCGCCAUCAUAUUGUACAUAUUGACAACAAACGAUGUGUUAUUUUCAUGUAAAUGUGAAUUAUGAUUGUUUCAUUCGUGUUUGGGAUCCUGGAAUUCAGGGAGUUUACUUUCAAUGCACUUUGUGGAUAUGUAUGUACACAGCUUUUUCAAUUCAGUUAACCAUUUCAUUUCUUUGCUACAAAUAUAUAAAUGUUUACUUGUAUAAAGUCACACGUAUAAGCCUUUCAUUUUGUCAUAAUUAAAAUGAUCUCAAAUCUGA